GCUGUAUUUUUAAGUAGUACAAGUCAGUGACUUGCAGAAUUGUAUGGUUCUUUGCUUUCUUUAUUUUUAUAUUCUUACCAUUAAAUAAUAUAUCGAAACAGUUUCUAAAGAAUACAGUAUUAAACAAUGAAUUAAAUAAAUUUUUAUUUUCACAUAUUCACAUUAAAGAAUCGAUCUAACUGAAAUCGAGAAGAAUGGAAAAAUUUACAUUAAGUUUUCUUUCCUCAGAAUUUUUCCUGCUUUGUUUAUACUUUACUUUCCAAGAUACUUUUCUCUCUUUCUUUGCCUCAAGAAAGUCAACUGUCAAAGCCACUGUCAUCUCGAUCACCAGCUCUACAGUUCACUGUUACACUCCUGAUGUACAGCACUUCAAUGCGGUAAAUGGGCGGUGAGAAACAGCAGAGUUGCAGAGGUCGGCUCUUCCUUUCUUUUUGUGAGGCUGAUUGCAAAUACAGUUUCACUUUCUCAUUUCAUGAAUGCGGAUGUCCGGCAGUGUCACAGAGGCAACCACGAUCAAUUGUGUCACCGAAGCUCCAGGUAUUGAAUAAUGACGCCUCGUCCUCGACGACUACCACUACCACCGGCCGUAUCUUCAAUGGCAAACCUAGCAGAAGGGGUGCAUGGCCCUGGCAGGUGUCCCUUCAACUACUGCACCCGAAACUCGGCUUCAUCGGUCACUGGUGCGGAGGUUCUCUGAUCAAUCCCAAGUGGGUGAUCACCGCUGCCCAUUGCAUUCACAACGAAUUGUUCAAUUUGCCUAUUGGUGCUCUGUGGACGGCGGUAGUCGGCGAAUGGGAAUUGGAUUCGGGUGGACGCGGAUCCGCCCGUUUACCCGUUGAAAAAGUGAUCCUGCAUGAGAGAUUUAAUAAUUACGUACAUGACAUAGCUUUAAUGAAGCUUGCCAGGCCAGCGCCUUUGUCCAAGGUUGUCCGCACGAUUUGCCUUCCCGAUUCCAGAGAGACUCUUGAUGAAAGACAAUGCGUAGCUUCCGGCUGGGGCCGAUACAGCCCCUCGCCCUCGCUUUCCACUGCCCUUUUAGAAGCCAACGUCCCUCUUUUGGAUCUUGAAGAGUGCUUGGAAGCCUACGGUGCUUCGGUGCCUAUCAGAAAGGGCCACCUCUGCGCUGGUCAUACCGAUGGUUCCUCUGGAAGCUGCGUGGGUGAUUCCGGAGGGCCUCUGCAAUGUCGCCGCGCUGACGGCGUUUGGCAGCUAGCUGGUGUCACGUCCUUCGGUUCCGGUUGCGCCAGACCGGGCUAUCCAGAUGUGUACACUAAGAUACAGCAUUAUCUAAACUGGAUCAAUGAGACGAUCAACGCCAACGACGAUGAUGAAGAGUGGUAAAAUCCACGUAGAUACCGAUGUUGUAGAUACCAAGGUUGUAAAUAUAGAAUUGUACAGCGUUAGUGUGUAUGUUUUAGCUUUUUGCAUUUUGUCUGUGUUAUAUGAUAUAUUGUACAGGAUAUUAUGUUGAAACUAUCGUAGACUUAUCUAUUUUAUGUACAAGUUUCUAUGUGUUAGAUCUUCUUUAUUAUAUUCUCACUUGAGAGUUGCAUUGUUUAAUUUAUUGGAAUUAUAUUCCUUAUCUAAUAAGAGAGAAUAGAAUAUUUAUUUAAUAAAAAAAAACAGCAAUGAAUAAUUUAACAUGAUAUUAAUUAAUUUGCCGAGCUAAAAUUUUCUUUUUAAUACGGGAAUAUAAUAGAGAAUGUUCUGUUUUUUGUACAAAAAAAUAUGUGUAUGUCAUGUGUAUAUAUUAUAAAGUGUGAUCUCCGUUUCAAUUUUGUACAGUGCUUUACAUUUAUUAGAUUAUACGUUUGUUAUUUGUUAUGUAUUGUUAUAAUACACGUUUGGAAAAUCGACGAAUUAGUGUCAUCAAAAAUCACUAUGUCUAUUAAUAAAACGACAAGGACUCGUGUAACAUCA